AUGCACGCAGACGUGCUCACAUGACACACAGCUGUAGUGAGCCGAGGCCGUCAGCCAUGUCACCCACCCCAAGAAUCCUCCAGUGACGUUGACGUUACAGUAUCCUCGCGGAAUGUCAUAGUUCGGCCGGCUACGAUCAGGAGAGGCGGUCCGUCAGCAUGGCGAGCGUAGUUGGCAGGAUGAGCUGCCCAGGUAACGGCAUUUAUGUCGUACAAGGCGAGAUGUCCAUGCUAUUGACGGCUAUGAAGAAAGUAAACAGAUGGUCAUCACAUAAUCAUCAGGAUGAAGAAAAUGAUAUUCUUGUGAGGGGUUUUGUUGACUUGAAGGAGGUUUUAAAUCAAAUAGGAGAUCUUAGGGAGUUAGAGCCAAACAGUUUUCUCAAUCCUUUUCUCGAAGUGAUCCGUUCUGAAGAGACAACAAGCCCAGUUACAAGCAUCGCUUUAUCUUCGGUCAACAAAUUUUUGUCUUAUGGUUUGAUAGAUCCACAAUGCAAGACAAUUGCUGCCACUGUGGAGAACAUUGCAGAUGCUGUGAACCAUGCCAAAUUUGUCGGCACUGACCAAACCAGUGAUGCAAUCGUUUUAAUAAAAAUCUUACAGGUGUUGAGAACGUUGAUGUUGUCACCUGAAGGAGCAUGGCUAACUAAUGAAAGCGUGUGUGAAAUUUUACUCAGCUGCUUUCGUAUCUCUUUUGAAGUUCGCAUCAAUGAACUUCUAAGAAGAUGUGCUGAAAACUGUUUGCGUGACAUGGUUCAACUUCUUUUUACACGGUUACCUACAUUCGCUGAAGAUUUUCGUAGGAAUAACAAUGUCCAGCAAAAGUUACAGAUCCAAUCGAACGCCAUGGAGACUUCUAGGGGCAAAAGGAAAAAUAGGAACCAUCCAAAACCUAGGCAGAAGAAGAUAGAAGAAAGGAAUAAUAUACAUUCAGAUAUAAAACUAAAAGAUUUGCAUUUGACUUCAACAAUUCAUAGAGAUAAUUCAGAUAUUCCUGAUCUGCAAGGGGAAAUGCAGAGCACUGUCACAUCUCCAGUUUCUCCUCCACCUUCUGUUCUCUCAUCUCCCACAACGGAAAACUUACCUGAACUCCCUGUUGAUGAAGAUAAAAAUGUCCAUGAGGCAGAUAUUGAGGCUCCAAAUAUUCUUCCAGAAGUUAAACAGGAUCCAAUUCCUUGCACUGAUGGUGUUGUUAUUCGCAUAGAAGAUUCUAGUUCCAACAGUGGGGAACCACAAGAAAUGCCACCUGAUCACGACGUCCAGUUGGAUUCUGAUGUCCCUUUCCCUCUGGAAGAGGUACAAGUGAAUGAAAGCAUAUUAGAAGAAGAGCCAUUACAGGUUCCACCCAAUGAACCAUCACUUCUUUUGAAACAAUCGGCUGAAGAAAUUGACUCACAAAAUAUACCAAACUCGUUAACGGAUCCCCAAGAGUGGGUUAAUCAGCAAGGGGUUCGAUUUACUGUAGCAGAACAAGAAGAUUCACCACUACCAGGUCCGUAUGGUUUGGUGAGUGUCCAUGAGCUCCUCAGAUUUCUGGCAUCGCUCUGCAAUCCUCAAGAUAAACAAAAUACUGAUUUUAUGAUUCACAUGGGCUUGACCCUCAUUAUGAUAGCUUUGGAAGUCGGAGCUGACAACAUAGCAAAAUACCCAUCUUUAAUGGUCAUCGUCAAAGAUGACAUAUGUCGGAACUUGUUUUCUCUGCUCAAUUCUGAAAGGCUGGCAGUGUUUGCCUCAGUUUUACAAAUCUGCUUUCUCCUAUUUGAAUCCUUACGAACACAUUUGAAAUAUCAGUUGGAGCAUUAUCUGCUGAAAUUAAUUGAAAUAAUUGUUUCCGAUUCUGUGAAAGCUUCAUAUGAACAUCGUGAAAUUGCCUUAGAAUCAUUGGUUCAACUGUGGAGGAUUCCUGGUCUUGUAACGGAAUUAUACCUUAACUAUGAUUGCGCUCUUUAUUGUCCAAAUCUGUAUGAAGAGCUUACUAAUCUUCUAUCAAAGAAUGCAUUUCCAGUAUCUGGGAUUCACAAUACUCAUUUACUGUCACUAGAUGCUCUGUUAACUGUAAUUGAUUCUAUUGAAAAUCAUUGCAACAGCAGAAUAUUAAACGAACAUCAACAAUCUGAAAAAGGCGUGACAGCCGAUGGUUUUAAAGGAAUUACGGUUAUGCACAAUAGCAACUACAUUCUUUCUUCAGGCACACGCCAAAAGCUAUCUUGCAACAUUCCAAGUCAUGAACAUUUGAUGGCUGUAAAAAGAAGAAAGAAGUUACUUGCUACUGGUACAGAGCAUUUCAAUUCAAAACCUAAAAAAGGAAUAUCAUUUUUACAAGAGCACAAUCUCAUGUCAAACCCAUUAGACCCACAUGAAGUAGUUGUUUUUCUGAGGGAAAAUCCUCAUCUCGAUAAAAAAAUGAUAGGAGAGUAUAUAAGUAAUAGAGCCAAUUUAGCCGUUUUGGACUGUUUCGUAAAGUCAUUUGAUUUCUCCGAUUUGAGGAUUGAUGAAGCUCUAAGAUAUUAUUUAGAAACUUUUAGAUUACCAGGAGAAUCUCCAUUAAUAUCUCUUGUAAUGGAACAUUUUGCUGAACACUGGCAUAAAUGCAAUGGUGAGCCGUUUGCUAAUGCUGACGCGGCUUUCACUUUAGCAUACGCUGUUAUUAUGUUAAAUGUUGAUCAGCAUAAUCACAACGUGAAAAGGCAAAACAAUCCAAUGACGGCUGAGGAAUUUAAGCGAAAUCUUAAAAAAUUAAACGGAGAUAAAGAUUUUGAUGAGGAAAUGCUAGAUGAAAUUUAUAAUUCUAUCAAGUCUGAUGAAAUAGUAAUGCCAACAGAACAGACUGGUCUUGUAAAAGAAAAUUAUUUGUGGAAGGUCCUUUUGAGAAGAGGAACUGGGAAGGAUGGUGAAUAUGUUCAUGCUCCUAACGGCCUCCUGGACCACGACUUAUUCUCUUUAAUAUGGGGCCCGACUGUGACUGCUUUAAGCUCUCUCUUUGACAAGGCGACUGAUCCGGCAAUAUAUCAAAAAGCCAUAUCUGGUUUUAGAAAGUGUGCUAUGAUAUCAGCUCAUUACGGAAUGAGCAAUGAUUUCGAUAAUCUCAUUGUCUCGUUGUGUAAAUUUACAACACUGCAUUAUAAAGUCGAGUCAUAUGAAAUGCUGACAAUAAUGUUUGGAGAAAACCAAAAGGCAAGGCUUGCAGCGAAAACGGUGUUUAAUUUAGCCCACAGGCAUGGUGAUAUCAUCAGAGAUAGUUGGAGAAAUAUCUUGGAGUGCAUUUUACAAUUGUACAAAUGUAAACUAUUGCCAAAAAUACUAGUUGAAGCAGAAGAUUUUAUUGAGUUAAGCGGCAAAAUUUCGUUGAUAAGAGAAGAAAUCCAGUUGCACCCAAAGACUGAGACUGGUAUCUUUAGCUCCUUAUAUUCUUACAUGUUAUUAGGCUCAGAACAAAGUAUACAAAAAGGCCCUUCACCUGAAGAUCAGGAAGCUAUUAGGAUGGCGCAGAACUGUAUAAGAGAAUGCAAUCUUGAACAAUUGAUAACCGAGUCAAAAUUCCUUCGCAUGGACUCUCUUCAGUAUUUUGUAAAGGCUUUAGUUACUGCGUCUUAUGGUCCUGAAGGGCAUGUAUCCCUCGGUUCCUCUUACAGUGAAGAUACAGCAAUUUUCUUUUUAGAAUUGCUUCUCAAGGUGGUUCUUCAAAACAAGGAUCGAAUCGGUCCAAUGUGGUCAACGGUGAAAGAACAUAUAUACACUUUAUUGAUGGGAGCAGCAGCUUGUGAUCACCAUUUUCUUGUUGAAAGAUCUGUGGUUGGUCUUCUACGUUUGGCAAUAAGGCUUAUGGUUAGAGAAGAAAUGAGCCCAAUGGUCCUUCAAUCCUUGAGAAUGUUGCUGCUUCUGAAAGGUACAACAUUAUCAAGAGUAGCGAGACAGGUGUCUUAUGGUAUGUUCGAACUGAUUAAAUCAAGCGCAGCUAACAUACACUCAGCCACAGAUUGGGCUAUCAUAUUCACAUUAUUGGAAUGUGUCGGUGCUGGUGCACCACCUCCGAGGGUUGUCAGCAAACCUCUGAACGAGUCAGGCGCAAGAUCUGAAGGAGAAGUUCAAGUUGACAGUGGUUUAGGAAAUGAAAGAGGGUAUACAUCAGACUCAGAACUAAGUAAAGCUGGUAGUUUGCCUCUUUCCCCUACUAUCAGUCCUGAUGCCCCUUUGAACACAUCAACUGGAUGGAUAUUGGUCGGGCGGGAAGGUGAGAUACAACCCAUUUCAUUAGGUAACCGAGUUCCACCUAAUGAUUUUUCAAUGACGGAUAAGGAAUUUAUGUGCCAUGACCCUUAUGCUAUGGUGAAAUGUUGUGAAAGUCUUGUUUUCCUUGUCAGAGAUGUUGUACAUAUCACGCCUUACAAUUUCCAAAACUGUGUGCACUGCUUGCGAACAUUUGUAGAGGCAGCUGCUGAAGCAAUUGAAAGGAAACACUUCAAGAGGCUGAAAGAGCCCAACUUGUCACACGGUAACAAGCCUACAAGGAAGAAGGUCGGUUUGAAAAGAAAGGAAGAGAGAGCAAAAAGCCCAACAGGAAAUGCGUACGACGCUGAUGAGAGUGACCCUGAAGACACCCCUGGAUAUCAACAAGUCUGCAUACUGCUUCUCGAUCUGAUGCACACUAUCCACAUUAGAACAGCGCAGAUCUUUAAGUGGUGGGCGGAAGAAACCAGCGAAACUGAGCAUAUUUCUCUUUGGCUGCAUGCAUGGUGUCCGCUUCUACAAGGCAUCGCCAGGCUGUCGUCGCAUCCCAACAGACAGAUUCGAAUGAGUGCAAUAACUUACCUUCAAAGAGCUCUGCUUGUUCCUGACCUUCAAAACCUCACUGGCGAAGAGUGGGAAUCUUGUUUCACCCAAGUACUUUUCCCCCUUCUUUCUAAGCUAUUGGAGCCCGUACCAACGUCGGAUGGACUCGAGGAGACGCGUAUACGUGCGGCGACUGUCCUUUCUAAAGUUUUUCUUCAUCAUUUACCUCAACUUCAAACACUAGAUAGUUUUGCCCAGUUGUGGUUAAAAAUACUCGAUUACAAGGAUAAAUACAUGCAUGCGGACAACAGUGAUCUUCUGCUUGAGGCUAUACCUGAAUCUUUAAAAAACCUGCUGCUUGUAAUGGACUCAACUGGUGUAUUUACUGGCCAGGAUGGAAGAAAUGAAAUAUGGAUGAUUACAUGGGACAAGAUAAAUUCAUUUUUACCGAAUCUUCACAAUGAACUAUUCAAACCAGUUCGUCCAGAAGAGCCAAAAUCAAAUGAUACCCAGUCUCCUGAGGUACCGAAGGAAUCUCAACAAAAUAUUCCAUUCAGCCCGCAAGAGCCCGUGCCAAUGUCUGUACCACCUAUGAUGACAACUGUUAACCAACAACCACUUCAAACAUUGCCUAGACCUGGAGAAAUUGUCGAAAUUUCAGGACCAACCACUUCUCUACUUUCACCGCAGAACUGGCAGCCACCUGCACCUAUAUUUCCCCACAUGGGUCAACCAAUAUCCACACCAAUCGGACCUUCCAUUUCAUCACAGGUCGGUACAUCAGCCACUAAGUCAGUAGGGCCAGUGCUGCAAGCACCUAUUAUUCUACCGACGACUUCUCCUAUUCCGGUUUAUUCAGGUUUCUCCAACAUACCACAUCAGGCCCCUCCUCCAUCGGCUCACUUCUUCUAUCAGGAUAUUGAAGCAGUGCAUCACUACUACAGCCCAAUUUAAUCGAGAAUAUUUCAAUCCAGAUGUCUGCAAUUCCUCCAUCAACUUCUUCCUAACUUACAAGGGAAUUGAUUAUUUUAAAUUGUGGCACAUCAGACUGUGUAAUAAGUUAAUGCAUUUGGUGAAACAAAAGUACAUAAUAAAAAAAAAGAAAAAAAAACCAAAACGUAUUAU